ACGUCGUCGUCUUCUUCUACAACUACAAUGGGAACUCUAUCCCUUUUGCUGGCAGUACUUGGCUGCUUCACGAUCGCACUUGGUGAGUUCGUAACCGUUGAAACCGUAAACGGUCCGCUACGUGGUGAGAAACGUGACUUUUACUACGCCUUUGAGGGUAUCCCGUACGCCAAGGCACCGCUGGGUGAGUUGCGGUUGGCGCCAUCCGUCGUGAACGAUGCUCGCUGGGAGGAACCAAGGGAUGCCACUGAACCGGGACCGGUUUGCUUGCAGUGGAGUCACUUUGUGGAGGGUGAGGAUCGCUCGACCGGGGAGGAGGACUGUCUGUUUAUGAACGUGUACACGACUUCGGUUGGAGUGCUGGAGGAACCGCUGCCGACGAUCUUCUUCAUUCAUGGGGGGGCGUUCAUGUUUGGAAGUGGCGACUUUUACAAGCCGGAUAAUUUGCUGCGUAAGCCGAUGGUGCUGGUAACGUUCAACUACCGGUUGGGACCGCUUGGCUUUUUGAGCACGGAAGACGACGUGAUUCCGGGUAAUUACGGGCUGAAAGAUCAGGUAACGGCGCUGCGUUGGGUUAGAAGCAAUAUCGAGGUCUUCGGCGGACACGCGGACAACAUCACGAUCGUGGGUUAUUCCGCCGGGUCGGCAAGCGUCCAGCUGCACUAUCUAUCUCCAAUGUCCCGCGGACUGUUCAAAAACGGCAUCGGCCACAGUGGAUCCGCACUGAAUCCCUGGGUUCUGGCAGAAGAUUCCGCCAAAAAGGCUCAACUGAUCGCAAACGCCGUCGGUUGUCCCACCACUUCAAGCACCAAAAUGCUCCAAUGUCUCCGCGAGAAACCCGCCCUGGACAUUGUCCGCGCCGUUGGUCCGCUCUUCAGGUACCUCUACAACCCGUUCUCCCCGCUGGGAGUCGUCAUCGAGAAGCAGUCCAAGAACAACCCGCGUCCCUUCCUGGCGGACCACCCCUACAAGCUCAUGAAGUCCGGCAAGUACUUCCACGUGCCGUUGAUCCUGUCCGUGAACGAGGCCGAAGGGCUCUACCCGGGCGGGGAGUUUAUCAGCCGGGAGGAAUAUCUGCUCGAAAUCGACGAGCGGUGGAACCAGCUGGUGCCGCACAUUUUGGACUAUCACACUUCGUUGGGUGGUGACGACGCCGACAACGAGGAAGAAGAAGUGCGCCGCAACGAGAUAAGCCAGAUGAUUAGAAAGCGCUACCUGGGACGGCGAAUGCUGAGCGAUAACAGCUUUCGGGACUUUAUACGGAUGAUCUCCAACCGUCUUUAUUUUACCGGUGUUGUGACCUCCGCCAAGCUUAUGCAGGUGCACUCGCCGAUCUACCUGUACUACGACGUGUACAAGACCAAGUACGGAGUCGGUGAGCUGCUGGCCAAAUCGAUGAAGAAUUACGGCGUCGCCCACGGCGAGGACGUGCUGCUGGUGUUCAAAAGCGUCCUGCGGGACGAAAUUCCCUACACCGAGGAGGAGCUGCUGGUCGCGGGGAAGUUUGUUGCCAUGUACGACACGUUUGCCCGGGAGAGUGUGGCCCGGUUUGGCGACGCGGACAUUCCCCGGAUGGAUCGGGCGGACUUGGUUCGAUUUUUGGAGAUUAAACAUCCCAAAAGUGAGCCGAAGUUGGCGCGACAGUUGAACGACGAAGGCUUUUGGAGCCAGUUGGACUUUGGGGACGGAAUGCCGGUGGAGAAGGCUCCGAGUAAGAAGGAGGAACUUUGAAUUUCAUGAAAUAAAGUAUAAUUAAUACAUUCGUUUUAAAUGUGUCAAUA